AUGUUUGAGAAAUUUAAGGAGUCCAUGAUGGCUGAAUUUGAAAUGUCUGAUCUUGGUAUGAUGCAUUACUUUCUUGGUAUUGAAGUGGUGCAGCUCCCUGCUGGAAUUUUUAUUUCUCAAAAGAAAUACGUGCAAGAAAUUUUAGAUAGGUUUCAGAUGAAGAAUUGCAAUUCUGUGAGCACACCAACUAAGUUUGGUCUGAAGCUAACUAAAGAUCAUGAUGGAAAGAAGGUUGAUAGCACACUUUACAAGCAAAUUGUUGGAAGUUUAAUGUAUUUGACAGCAACAAGGCCAGACAUAAUGUUUUCUGUGAGUCUCAUUAGUAGAUACAUGGAGAAUCCUACUGAGUUACAUCUUCUAGCGGCCAAGAGGAUCUUUCGAUAUUUGCAAGAUUUGAGAGGCUUCACUGAUAGUGAUUAUGCUGGAGAUCAAGAUGAUAGAAGAAGCACUUCGGGGUAUGUCUUUAUGCUGGGUUCAGGGGCUGUUUCAUGGUUAUCAAAGAAGCAGCCAAUCGUCACUUUAUCAACCACCGAGGCUGAAUUUGUUUCUGCCACUUCAUGUGUCCGUCAAGCGAUACGGUUGAAGAAAAUUCUUGAAGAGCUUUAUUUCAAGAGGCAAUGUGCCUUACAAUUUUCUGUGACAAUAGCUCUGCAAUCAAACUCUCCAAGAAUCCAGUUCUACAUGGAAGAAGCAAGCAUAUUGACAUAUUAUGACCAAACCCCUCAAGUUGGGCAUGUUCGUGAAGCUGCGGAGCUUACUCGGUGUUUGUUCAAUGGAGAAUCCAAUUUGACAGAGGGAGCUGCAAGGUUACUCCACAACAAGCAAGCUGAGAGGGACGACAAGCUACCGGAGGGGCUGGGCCGGUGA